UCUCCUCAUUCUGUUUCUGAUCGUUGACAAGCAAACAACAGCAAAAGAGAGAAAAAUGGCUCGUACAAAGCAAACUGCACGUAAAUCGACCGGUGGCAAAGCACCUCGUAAACAAUUGGCCACCAAGGCUGCACGUAAAAGUGCACCAGCUACUGGUGGAGUUAAGAAGCCACAUCGUUAUCGCCCUGGUACCGUUGCAUUGCGAGAAAUCCGUCGCUACCAAAAGAGCACCGAAUUGUUGAUUCGUAAAUUGCCUUUCCAACGGCUCGUUCGUGAGAUCGCUCAAGAUUUCAAGACCGAUUUACGUUUCCAAAGUUCGGCUGUUAUGGCUCUACAGGAGGCCAGCGAAGCCUAUUUGGUCGGUCUGUUCGAAGACACCAAUUUGUGCGCAAUCCACGCCAAGCGAGUUACCAUCAUGCCAAAGGAUAUCCAAUUGGCCAGACGUAUUCGUGGUGAACGUGCUUAAGAUGUUACAUAAGUGACGACAUCCCACAAUCAAAAUCGGUCCUUUUCAGGACCA